CCGGGAUCCAAAGCCAUUUGCAGAAACUCCUUCCUCACACAUCCUCUCUCUUUCCUCUACUUUUUUUUUUUAAUACCUUACUCUCCACCCCCCUCUGGAGAAAUAUAGUUCGACCCAGGCUCCAAACAGCUCAUUUGAGCUCCGAAGUUUGUAUUUGGACUAAGCAGAUUGGAGAGAAGGGGGGACGGCUCGCUACAGCCGCAGCAGAGCAGAAAUAAGGAGGAUUUUGCAAUCGAACAGGAGUGUGGUCAUUAGAAGCGAAGUGGCCGCAUCAUGGAGCUGCACUGAGGGACAGACUCAAAUGCACUGAACCUUUCCCGUUGAGAAUUUCUCUAGAGACCUUGUUGGCGUUUCAUCUGCAGUAGAAAGGGACCCCCAUGGAGGAUCAUCUCUGCAGCCUGCCGGUGUGAGAGCGCUACUUUGCGCUGUGUGUUAGCGGAGCUUUGCGUCACCGCCCUGGCGCUCUUGGAGACCUGACCUUUCUAUCCCGGUAACUUCAGGUGACUUUUGCGCCUUUUCUGCCAUGGAGAAUGAGGUAGCUAAAGCCGUGGACAACCAAAUGGAAAAAUACAUAGUUACAAUAAUGGGGAAGUCGGAAAGUCAGAUGGAUAUAGUAGAGAAAUCAACGAAAUCUGCCAAAAAGUCCUGGAGCUUUGUAGAGAUUGGGCUCUCUGUGUUGCUGUUCCUGAUGACCUGUGCGGUGGUGGCCCUGCUGGUGCUCUAUACUAGCCAUAAAGAGAGCAUAUGCACAACAACUGGAUGUGUAACAGCAGCUGCAAGAAUUAUUCAAAACAUGGACCCAAACAUCGAACCAUGCACAGAUUUUUACCAAUAUGCUUGUGGGGGUUGGUUAAACAAGCAUGUUAUCCCUGAAACCAGCUCAAGAUAUAGCAUAUUUGAUAUUCUCCGUGAUGAAAUGGAAAUCAUACUAAAGGGAUUGUUGGAGAUGCCAGAUCAGGAAGACCGUGAUGCCUUUAAAAAAGCCAAAACUUUAUAUAAAUCUUGUAUGAAUGAAAGCUUGAUUGAGCAGAGAGAUUCAUUACCUCUCUUAGAACUUCUGACUACAGUUGGAGAGUGGCCAGUUGCUUCUACAGACUGGAACAGUACCAAAGAAAGUCAUUGGAGCUUGGAGGAAAAACUUUCAGUUUUGAACUACCAAUUCAACAAACGAGUUCUCGUUGAUAUAUUUGUGUGGAAUGAUGACCGGGAAUCCAGCAAGCAUAUCAUCUAUAUUGAUCAACCAAGCCUUGGAAUGCCUUCCCGGGACUACUAUUUCAAUAAAGGAAAUUAUCAGCGGAUAAGGGAAGCAUACCUACAAUUCAUGAUCGCCAUAGCCAGGAUGGUGCGAGAAGACAAGAAUUUAACAAGAGACGACAGCUUCGUUCAGGAAGAAAUGACACGUGUAAUGGAUCUAGAAACGGAUAUUGCCAAGGCAACAGCUCCCUCAGAAGAAAGAAACGAUGUGACCUUGUUGUACAACAAAAUGACCCUCCUGGAAUUCCAGCAGAAGUUUGCAAUAGAUGAUUUUAACUGGACCAGCUUCAUACAAGAAGUCAUGUCCUCUGUGAAUAUCCAGCUUCAAGCCGAAGAAGAAGUUGUGGUAUAUGGGGUACCUUAUCUACAUCAACUCAAAAAUGUUCUUUCCAACUAUUCUGCAAGCACUUUACAGAAUUACCUUGUCUGGAGAAUGGUAAUUGACAGAGUCAGUAGCCUCAGCAGAAGAUACAAAGAUGCUCGAGCCAGCUACAGAAAGGCACUCUAUGGAACAACAUUGGAAGAAGCUCGCUGGAGAGAAUGCGUAAGCUAUGUCAACAGUAACAUGGAGAAUGCUGUGGGGGCCAUGUAUGUCAAGGAAACAUUUGCUGGUGAGAGCAAGAGGAUGAUCAGCGACCUCAUAAAUAAAGUCCGUGAAGCAUUUAUUGAGACCUUGGAUGAAUUACAGUGGAUGGAUGAAACAUCUAAAGAUAAAGCACGUGAGAAGGCACUGUCAAUUAAAGAACAGAUUGGCUACCCUGAUUAUAUUUUGGAAGAUCAUAAUGAUAAACUGGAUCAGGAAACAGCAGCUCUGAACUUCAGUGAGUAUCAGUAUUUUGAAAAUAUUUUAGAAAUCUUAAAGAGCGGAGCACAAAAGAGCCUGAAAAAGCUCCGAGAACCAGUUGACCAAGAUGCCUGGAUAAUUGGUGCUGCCGUGGCCGACGCUUUCUAUUCCCCUAACAGAAACCAAAUAGUGUUUCCUGCCGGAAUUCUCCAGCCUCCAUUUUUUAAUAAACAUCAGCCUCAAGCAUUAAACUUUGGUGGGAUUGGAAUGGUGAUCGGCCAUGAAAUCACCCAUGGAUUUGACGACAAUGGUAGAAACUUUGACAAAGAUGGCAAUAUGUUUGAUUGGUGGAGCAAUUUCUCAGCAAUGCAUUUCAAGGACCAGUCCCGUUGUAUGGUUUAUCAGUAUGGAAAUUAUACGUGGGAGCUGGCUGGGGGACAGAAUGUCAGUGGAAUCAUCACACUAGGAGAAAACAUUGCAGAUAACGGUGGUGUCAGACAGGCAUAUAAGGCCUAUUUAAAAUGGGUGGAGAGACACGGAAAAGAACCACAAUUACCUGGACUGGAUCUUACACACAAGCAACUCUUUUUUCUGAAUUUUGCACAGGUUUGGUGUGGUUCAUAUAGACCAGAAUAUGCCAGGCAUUCAAUUAAGACUGAUGUCCACAGCCCUUUUAAAUACAGAGUGAUGGGAUCUCUGCAGAAUUUUGAAGCUUUCGCUGAAGAGUUCAAUUGCAAAAAGGGCACCACGAUGCAUCCUGUAGAGAAAUGUCGAGUGUGGUAAAUCGUACAGGCGGAAAGCCAUAUUUUCAACCGUAUGAGAAUAACUGCUGGGCUGGCUUUCACAUAUUGAACAGUUGUAGCCAAUGAUGUGCCUGGUGUUUCCCUGCUCGGAUCAGAGUCAUGGCGAGUGGUGCGGGCAGUUACAGGCGGCUCUUAUAAGGUUUCCCUAAAGUCUACAAUACACGGAAUAGAACUUUUAACAGUUGUGAUUAAAACUAGGACGAAAUGCUGUUAUGGAAAACGACUGUUUUUACAUGGCUUGACUGUUAUAUAAAACAAAUCUGCUUUCAGGUUUUCAAAGACUAGUUAAAAAACAAAAGAUUUAUUUUUUUUUUUCCCUGAAGUUAUUUUACCCUUUUUUCCUGUUCUCUUCUGUAUCUGUGUUGCACAUUCAUUAUCAUUAAAGUGGCCUACGUGGAAAUCA